ACUCUUGAUCCUCACUCUGAAAUCUGGUGGCGAUGGUAGUGGUUGAUCCCAAAUUGUUCGCAAGGACCGAAAGGUUGCUGCUUAGGCCGUUGCGCCUCGACGACGCAGACGACGUACUCUUGAUGCGCAGACAUCCAGACUGUAUGAAGCAUACGUCAUUACUCCCUUCAGACGAUCUCGAGAGCGCGAGGUCAUGGAUCCAAGGCUGCCAUAACGUUGAGGGUAACUGGAACUUCGCCAUCGAACUUCUCGAGCAACAUGCUGGCCCCCGCGUAAUCGGUCUCAUAGGCGCUGUUCGUGCACCAGAAAUCGGCUACAUGUUCAAUACCUCAUAUUGGGGAUACGGGUACGCAACCGAGGCCCUGCGCGGGUUCAUGCCGCUGUUCUUUGAGCAUUACUCUGGUCGCAAUAUUGCAGACUUCGCGGGGCGACAUUAUGGAGAGGAUAUGAAGGGGGCGGGUACGAACAACAGGGCCACGGAGAACGGAAACACUGCUGAGGGUCCCUUGGCACCACGAUACGACUACGCAGAGGCACAUACGGAUACGGAGUUGGUCUCUAGUCAGAACGUUUUGACAAAGGUUGGAUUCAAGCUUCACGAGAAGAGGGACAAGGAUUUUGAGAACCCGGUGCUUGGAUUAAGGGACUCGUUGGUUUACAGGAUGUAUAGGCCUACAGGCGAAGGAGGGUCAUAGGUUCAAUGUGCAGCCUAGGUAUCCGAGUCUGACGCGAGUCUUCGCGGUGCGGACCUCGUCAUCUGCGCAUUCCGCGCUACCACGGUAUUUUACUCAAUGAAUGAUCAAACCCA